UCUCACACGAAGCCUAAUCAUUUCUGUUUCUUGUACUAUGGAGAUUCGUGCGCGGUCAACGCAAAAUGAAUGAAUCACUCUCUGAGACUCGUUCGUUCCUGAGAGUCAUAUUAAAGAUUCGAAUCGUUCACGAUUUACCCAUGACUAAAUCAAUCGCGUGUUUGCCUGAUUUGGGUGCAAAAUUUAAACAAGGAAUUUGGUAUUAAUAGAACAACAAAUAUUAUACCUCUAGAUUUGAAACGCGCUAAAUAUUUUCUCAUAUUUAGCGUCUUUAGGUUUGUGAGUAACAGAUUUAUUUUGUUUUACCGAUAUAGUCAGCACAAAAAUAGAUGAUAUAAAGGAGUUUAAUUUCUAUAUAAUUUCCUUUGUAUCAACUGUAGCUUUACCAGUAGCUCUAUUAACUCGGAUCAACACAGCCAGGCGCGCACACAAUGGAGCUGAUUAUCAAAACUGGAAUUACUCUACUAGUUACAUACUAUACAAAGGCACGUGUGUAUCUGUAACCCGCCCUCUCUUUCUCUGAGCCUCUGAAGGAAUUUGAUCACACUCUUUCCUCAUUAUACUGGACUGGAAACGUCGCCUUGGAUGGUGUCGUUGAGCUUCUAGAAACCAGGUAGACUACCGGGAAACACAAACGGACAAAGGAUAUUUGCUCGUGGUCACGUAUGUCUCAUGAAUAAGUGAAUAUUUUGGGACGAUGAAGCGUACAGGUGAUCAGAAACCACCUUUGGCUCCAAAACCAAAGGUUCUCCCAGCUCCAGUGCAAACAGAACAUCGACCUGCUCCCAUGUUGUGUGUUUACCAACAUACCUCACCAGCUGUUAAAAGUAAAGUUAAGCCUGAUGUAGCACCAAAACCAAUUUACAAACCUCCGCCUCCUUUCGAUUCAAAACAUCUCACAUUCGAGGAGGGCCGUCAGCCUAUUUCACAACAAAAGUCUGACAUCACAAAGAACGUUGGUGUUCUAAAUUUCAGAAAUGGAAUGCACACUGGGAACAUCAAGCCGGAGUGGGAUUACAUAAUUCCAAUUUGUGUAUGCAAUGGCCGAAAUUGUGCUGAUUGCUCACCGAAGGAAAACAACCAAAAUGUUAAUCAACAUGGGAACAGCCUUGAUCCGUGUAAAACAGGAAAUGCCAAAAGUCCCAAAAAGAGUUUAUCCAAAUCUCCGCCAAGAACACCAGAGGAAGAACAACAUUUGGUGACACCUAUUUUGUCAAAGUGCAUCUCUGGACACACCUCGUCCAAUAAUAAUCAUUUCCAUCCAACUGAAAAACUUCAGAGAACAUCCCAGAUCCAGAACAAGGAGCCUUUGAAGGCACAUCAGAGUGAUUCUGAGAUGCAAAUGACCAAGAAACACCAAAAGAACAUUGUCUCUAGUGUUAAUUCAUCUGUUGAUAGUGGUCAAACACCAGAGUCUGUGAAAUGUCAGCAAACUGGAAGUAGUGUGCAGUGUAGUCCGUCCCCUACUAAGCCUCUUAAGAAAGCACCACCAGUAGCCUUACCACGCAAAAAAAAGAUGGCACAACCCAACGUUAUCCAUCAGGAGUCAGCGGGCCUUACCAAGUCAGCGUUUACUGUCUUACCUGUUGAUGCAAACAAUUCAGAUCCUAGAGAAAGUCCUAAUGAGAUGAACAAUAAAGGUCCUCAGGCCAUAAGGACUUUUAAAGGUACCCAGUGUAACAGCCAGGGCACCCCAGUACCUGUCCCACACCAGAGGAUCCCUAAGCUGCAACAAAAUAAAACCCAGGAAACUGGUGUACAGGGGACUGAAAAGAAAGUACAAAAUCUGGAUGUACCCCCUGAAGUAUCAAGCAAUACCCGUCCAAAGAAGUCAUCCCAGAAACCUCGACCUGAUGACCAUAGGCAGGUUAACAUUGGGUCUACAGAACCUUCAGCAGAUAGACUCCCUAAAAAGACAUUCAAAAGUCCACUGAGAAAUGAUGGUCACAUUGACUCAACAAAUCCUGAAGGACAUCCCUCUCUCGCAUUUGAAGGGCAAAUUGCCAAUCAAAACCAAGCAAGUUAUGUGCCAAACAAGAAGACCGGCUUGACUCUCAAGCCUAAAACCAAGUCCUUAUCCUCAGCAGAUAUACAUAAACCUGAUGGCCUCAAGAAGAUCUCAAGAAGACCUGAUGGCCAAAGGCACGAUAACAUUGGCUCUACAGAACCUUCAGCAGAUAGACUCCAUAAAAAGACUCUGGCAUUCAGUAGUCCACUGAGAAAUGAUGGUCACAUUGACACAACAAAUCCUGAAGGACAUCCCCCGCUCGCAUUUGAAGGACAAAUUGACAAUCAGAACCAAGCAAGUGAUGUGCCAAACAAGAAGACCGGCUUGACUCUCAAGCCUAAAUCAAAGUCCUUAUCCUCAGCAGAUAUGCGUAAACCUGAUGGCCUCAAGAAGACCUCCUUUCUAAGGAUCAUGGAUCUUGACCCUGUCAAAAAGGUUCCCAAGUUAUCUGUCAAGAGUGGGCAGGCCCUUGACCUCACUCCAGUUAUCAAUGAGCUGUCAGUGGAUACAGAGGAAAGCCAGAAUGAAAUCUGCUCUCAUAAACUGGCAUCACUGCACAGUGGUCACCUCGAUGGAAAUAUACUAGUUGAGCAGAGUGUAGAUGAAGAUCUUCCAAAACAUCUAGAGAAUUCUGAUGAAUCUAUACAUGCAUAUGAAGAUAUUCCAGAAUAUGAAAACCUGCCUCCUUUAAGCACUUCAAAAGCACAGGAUGCCGAUGAUAACCGAAAUCAGUCAGCCAUGUAUGAGGAUGAUGAUAUUUAUGAAAUUCCAGAUGUGUUCCCUGAACACUGGGCACACACCAAAAAGCAGCAGUUUCUUAAAAGAAAUGUUUUGGAAGAAGUGCAAGAAAUGAAGGAGAUGCAUUCAAAAGAAGAUGAAUGUAGCUCAGAAGAGGAGGAUAACACCAUCAAUAGAGAAAAACAGACCGAAGCGAAGAAAACCAACGUUGAACACAUUGUAAAUGAGAUUUUGUCUUCUGAGAAAAUAUUUGUGCAAGUACUGAAGCUCCUUCAUGUAGAUUUUCGUGAAGCGGUACUGAAGGCCUCCUGUCAGGCGGGAAAAGCCGUAAUCGAUGAGCGAGUCGUGAACCAGAUCUUGUGUUCUUUGCCUCAGCUGUACGAGCUAAAUUGCGACCUGUUGAAAGAGCUGGAAGAACGGGUUGCUCACUGGAACAAGCAUUGCGGUGUAGCGGAUAUAUUUGUGAAGAAAGGACCUUAUCUUAAAAUGUACUCCACUUAUAUUUGUGAGUUCGACAAGAAUGUGGCACUUCUUGAAGAGCAUUGCCGGAAAAACCCAGCAUUUGCCAAAGCCGUCAGAGAGUUUGAGAGCAAUCCAUGCUGUGCCAACCUCGCAGUGAAACAUUACAUGCUUAAACCUAUCCAGAGGAUUCCACAAUAUCAACUUCUCCUAACUGAUUAUUUGAACAAUUUAGAUGAUGAAUCCCCAGACUACAGAGAUGCAGAAGCUGCCCUAGUGAUAGUAAAGGAGGUGGCUAAUCAUGCAAAUGAAUUCGUAAGACAAGAGGAUAACUCCCAAAAGCUCUAUGAGGUUCAGUGCCGCUUAAUUGGGAAUCACGUGCUUGUCCAGCCAGGAAGGGUUUUGUUAAAGGAAGGGAUCUUGAUGAAGCUCUCCAGGAAAGGGAUGCAGCCUCGAAUGUUCUUCUUAUUAAGCGAUAGUCUUCUUUGUACCACGCCAGUAGCAGCGGGCAAUUUCAAACUGAACCACAUGCUGUCAUUGGCUGAGAUGAAGGUUAGUAAACCUAGUCAAGAAGGGUAUCAAAAUGAGCUGAACAUUGAGAGCGUUCAACGAUCUUUCAUUUUAACUGCCAGCUCUGCUGCAUGUCGAGAUGAGUGGCUACAGGCUAUUUCUACUGCAAUCGAUGAUUAUACAAAGAAAGAGACCACAUUUAGAAACCCUGAGAUGACAAGCCAAGACGUUGUAGACACUGGGGACCAGCUGGGAAACAAAGCCCCAAUAUGGAUCCCAGACUCGAGAGCCACUAUGUGUAUGAUCUGCACCUGUGAGUUCACCCUCACCUAUAGACGCCAUCAUUGCAGAGCCUGUGGGAAGGUUGUUUGUCAGGCCUGUUCAACCAAUGAACAUCCACUGAAAUAUCUGAAGAAUCACCUUGCACGAGUUUGCGAUCUCUGCUUCUCCAUUUUGCAGCAGAACAGUUCAGGUGACCAAGCAUCCAGUAAUAUGCCUCUUUCGCCUACUAGCAAGUCCCCUGGUUCCUUUCCAUUCAGAAAGCAGAAGAAAAUACCAGCAGCCCUAAAAGAGGUUUCAGCUAACACAGAUGGGUCCUCGAUGAGUGGCUACUUGGAAAGGACGAAGGCCAACAGGAAACAGUGGAAACGGUUCUGGUUUGUCAUCAUGAACAAAGUUCUGUACACUUACGCUGCCAGUGAGGAUGUAGCAGCUUUGGAAAGUCAACCCCUUCUCGGAUUCUCUCUCCGAACCGAAAAACCAGAAUCUUCAUUGCAUUUUAAACUUUAUCACAAAAACACUCUUUACUACAUUUUCAGAGCAAGUGACUGCCAGAUCUGUGAAAGAUGGAUUGAAGCUAUCCAGGAAGCCACGGUUCUCUAACCUUAACAACCCGUGAUGUUUCAGACCAGAUCUUCAUACAAAAUGCCUUAUUAAAGUUAUAUCAUGACUAAGUUGUUUAUAUUUGUGGCUCACCAUAUUUGCAUACAAUGAAAAGUGUUGUGAGUGUUUUUAGUUAUUAAAUACUUCGUAAUAUAUCUGGUAAUGCUGAGAAUACAGUGAAAAUCAUUUUAUUAAGCAAUCAUAUUUAUUCUUUAUGGCAAAUUCAUUGUAACCAGUUGCACUCAAUAAAUGUAUUUUUUAUA